AUGAUAAAAAAUUUAAUUGAAAAUGCAAAAUUAACAGCACAAAAGGUCAUGACCAAAGAAUAAUAACAUAAAUAACAAUAAAAUGAAUCCUUUCCUACUUUUGACUAAUUGGCUUAUAAGAAUUAUAAUAUUCCAAGAGAAAAUUUAUGGUAAUACUCUAUUGAGGAUUAUUCAAAUAUUCUUCAUUAAAUGGAAGAUUAUAUAAAUAGACUUUAAAGAGGAUAUGACGAUGUUUGUUAAUCAUUCUUGCCCAUGUUUAGUAAAUUUGAAAUGCUUGAAAAAGAGAGAAGAGAAUGGCCUAAGAAUUGUAAGAAAAAGAGAAUCAUUGUAAAGAAUUAGAACAAGCAAUGA